CAAGCUCUUUCUGACUUUUUCCUCUCUUCCAGGCAACGUGGCUCCCGGGUCAGAAUGUUUUCUUACUUUCGGAAGAAAUUAAACUCGCACCUGGCAGAGCACCAACGACGCAGGGGUCGCCUUGUAUCUAAGGAUGGCAGGUGUAAUAUCGAAUUUGGGAAUGUGGAAGAGCAAUCAAGAGUUGCAUUCUUAGCUGAUAUUUGGACCACCAUCUUGGACCUCAAAUGGAGGUACAAAAUGACAGUUUUUAUUUCUGCAUUUUUAGGAAGCUGGUUCCUUUUUGGCCUGCUGUGGUAUGCUGUGGCUUAUUUGCACAAAGAUCUCCCAGAAUUUAAUCCUUCUGCAAAUCACACUCCCUGUGUGGAAAACAUAAAUGGAAUGACCUCCUCUUUUCUAUUCUCUUUGGAGACUCAGGUGACCAUUGGAUAUGGAUUUCGUUGUGUGACUGAGCAAUGUGCUACUGCAAUAUUUUUACUGGUUGUUCAGUCGAUUCUGGGGGUAAUAAUUAACUCAUUUAUGUGUGGCGCUAUUCUUGCUAAGAUUUCUAGACCCAAGAAAAGAGCUAAAACCAUCACUUUCAGCAAAAAUGCAGUAAUAAGCAAGAGAGGAGGAAAACUCUGUCUACUUAUCAGAGUGGCGAAUCUCAGAAAGAGUCUACUUAUCGGGAGUCAUAUUUAUGGAAAGUUGUUAAAAACUACUGUCACUCCAGAAGGAGAGACAAUCAUAUUAGACCAAGUCAACAUUGACUUUACAGUCGAUGCCGGAAGCGAGAAUCUGUUUUUUGUUUCCCCACUAACGAUUUAUCACAUUAUUGAUAAAGACAGUCCUUUUUUUGAGAUGUCUGCCGAGACUUUACUUCAGCACGACUUUGAACUUGUGGUCUUCCUUGAUGGCACUGUCGAGUCCACAAGUGCUACCUGUCAAGUUCGUACAUCCUACAUUCCGGAUGAAGUGCGCUGGGGGUACCGUUUUGCACCUCUUGUGUCCAAGACCAAGGAGGGCAAAUAUCGUGUGGAUUUCUCCAACUUCAGCAAGACUUUGGAGGUAGAAACACCCCAUUGUGCUUUUUGUCUUCAAAAUGAUAAAGAUGCCAAAGAAAAAAGCAAAAAAGGAUAUGAUAAUCCAGCUUUUGUCCCGUCAGAACCAAAAGAAACUAUUGACACUAAAAUGUAGUAUCACAAGUACUUUAUUCUUAAGAUCUGGCCUAUACUUGUAAUCUCGAAGUCCAUAAGGACUGUGACUGUAAUUUAUUGAUUCUCCAUGAGAAAAUUUAUGUCAUAGGACACCUAUUUAGAAAUGCCAUUCUAAAAGGGGUGUACACCUACAUACUCUUUUAUAUUUACUUUAUUAUUACCAAGUAUUUUUAGAGCGCCAACAUAUUGCACAGCGCUUACAAACAGAUGUUUGUCAUAGGUAUGAAGAGAUUUGAUUAUACAUACCUAUAGUCUAUAUACCUUUCCUAUAAUGCUAAUGAAAUACAAUACGAUUACACUAAAUCAUAUGAAAACUAGAAAUAAUGUAAAUAAGUCACUAUUAUUAUAUACACUUCACAUUAACAGACAGAGAUGUUAAGGAUAGAAAUGGCAUUAAAAUCUGUCUAUAACCAUCCUUACAUGAUAUACAAGCCUACAUGAUAAUAUUAAACUCAAACUAACUGUCACACUGCAACAAGGCACUGUUCUUUUAAUACAUAUGCCAGUGCUAUAAGGCUACACAAUUUAACAUAGUAGAUGAGGUGGAAAAAAAAAAGACCCAGUUGAUUGAGAGAGCAAAAAAAACCUUAGAAGGGGGAAAAUUGCGUCUUGAUUCCUGUCACUGGUCAACUCGAACAAAGAGUUAAUUUCACUAACUUUCUCACUCUCUACAAAGACUUGCUUACAGAUAAACAACCCUUCCUUGAAACUAAUAUAUCUGCAAGCACAACAGUCUAGAGUAGAUGAGUUCCAUGACUUCUCACAAUAAAAAACCCUUUCCCCAUUUUAAGAUGAAACCUCCACCUAAAUUAAUGCUUUCAUGUCUAUUGGAAGGAUCUACUGGUGAAUAAAGCAUAUUGUAUGGUGCUCUUGUAUAAUUAUACAUAGGUAUCAUAUCCUCCUAAGCACCUCUUCUUCAAUGUAAAUAACCCCAGCUUAGCCACCCUUUUGUCAUAACAGAGACCUGCCAUUAUCAGCUUAGUUGCUAUUCUUUGACUUUUUAAUUAAUAUCUUUUAGUAAAGACUUUAGUAUCUAGUACUAAAGACCAAUGAUGACCAAGUGCAUCAUUUUGCAUGAUUUCAUUUGAGUAAAGCUCUUACAGGGCAUCAUGGGAAUCACAGCUUUUCUACAUUUAACCCAAAUAGUUGGUGUAGCAUAAUGGCAGGUAAAACAGAAAGUAAGAUUUCAGAGUAGCCCGAUCUGUUUCACUUGGCAUUCUAGACAGAUACAGUAUAGAUAUUAGAAUGGAGACUACACAAGAUACUUAAAUGCAUGAGGUUAUUAGAAAUCCCCAUGGAAUGCAGCAUUACAUUUUUAGACAUUCAUGUCCUUAGAGACUAGAGAGUGGGUGUUGUGCUAUUAUCUACCUUUCUCAAAUAAAAAAAUAUCUAAUAUAAUAA